CCAAAGGUCCACUACUAAGCAUUCAUUUAGUAAAUGGCUUUGCAGUGGCAACUCCACUCGCUCUGUGUUCGUGGGUAUAAGAAGUCAAAGUCAUCGUUUAUCCACAAACCCAAUCAUUGCUUUCACUCAUCUCUUCUUGCAGAUUCCAGUUUCUCCUUCCCUCUCUUGGAUGUUCAAGAACAGAGGCCUAUCAGCUACAUAGUCCAGAGAUUGAAUGCGGGAGGAGAAAAAUGGGUUCUCACAAGGCCUCGUCUAGCAGAUUUUUUAUCAACGUUUUCAUUGGCAUCUGUUUUGUGUGGCAAAGCUUUGCUCUCGAAAUCGACAAGAACCCAAAUGCACAGCUGUUCGUAAAUGCCUCUGAAGCAGCUGGUCGGCCAAUACCAGAAACUCUAUUUGGUAUUACCUUCGAGGAAAUCAACCAUGCAGGGGCUGGGGGAUUGUGGGCAGAACUUUUAAGCAACAGAGGCUUUGAAGCUGGGGGCCAGAAUACCCCCUCAAACAUUGACCCUUGGUCUAUCAUUGGCGACGAGUCAUUACUGAUUUUAUCAACGGACAGGUCGUCAUGCUUUGAACGGAAUACCGUUGCUCUGAGAAUGGAUGUGCUCUGUGAUAACCAAGGAACCAAUGUGUGUCCAGCUGGGGGAGUCGGUGUAUAUAACCCAGGGUUCUGGGGCAUGAAUAUUGAGAAGGGAAAGACUUACAAAGUAGUGUUUUAUGUUCGAUCAUCAACAUCAAUCAAUCUAUCCUUGGCCUUGGCUGGCUCAAAUGGGACGCCAUUGCUGGCUAGUGCCAACAUAAGUGCAUCUGAUUCAGAUGUUUCAAGCUGGACAAAGAUGGAGUUUCUAUUAGAGGCGAGUGAAACAAAUCAUAAUUCGAGACUUCAAUUGACAACCACCCAAAAGGGAGUGAUAUGGUUUGAUCAAUUUUCAGCUACGCCUCUGGAUACUCACAUGGGACAUGGUUUUCGGAAUGAUCUCUUUCAAAUGCUUGCAGAAAUAAAACCACAAUUUCUGAGAUUUCCAGGUGGAUCUUUUGUGGAAGGUGAAUGGUUGACGAACGCAUUUCGCUGGAAGGAAACCGUGGGGCCCUGGGAAGAGAGGCCUGGCCAUUUUAAUGAUGUAUGGAAAUACUGGACUGAUGAUGGACUUGGCUAUUUUGAGUUCCUCCAGCUUGCAGAGGAUCUUGGUGCAUUGCCAGUCUGGGUAUUCAAUGGUGGGUUCAGCCAUAAUGAUCAAGUUGAAACUAUCAGUGUGCCUCCUUUUGUAAAAGAAACCCUUGAUGGUAUUGAGUUUGCUAGAGGUGAUCCAGAUUCUACAUGGGGUUCAGUUCGAGCUGCAAUGGGACACCCCGAACCUUUUGACUUGAGAUAUGUUGCUGUUGGGAACCAAGAUUGUGGGAAAAAGAACUACCGAGGCAAUUAUCUCAAAUUCUAUGAAGCUAUAAAGGAUGCUUAUCCGAACAUGCAAAUCAUCUCAAAUUGUGAUGGUUCUUCUGGGCAGUUGGAUCACCCAGCCGAUCUCUAUGAUUUUCAUGUCUACACUUCUGCGAGCAACAUGUUCUCAAUGGCUCGUAAGUUCGAUCAGGUGUCUCGAAGUGGUCCGAAGGCUUUUGUCAGCGAAUAUUCCGUUACAGGAAAAGACGCAGGCAAAGGAAGUCUCUUGGCAGCCCUAGCUGAAGCUGCAUUCCUUCUUGGGCUAGAAAAGAACAGUGAUGUUGUUGCAAUGGCAAGUUAUGCGCCACUACUCGUGAAUGAAAACGACAGAAGGGCUACUCCAGACACGAUCGUGUUCAACUCUUCGCAGCUGUAUGGAACUCCCAGCUACUGGAUGCAAACUCUUUUCACAGAGUCAAGUGGAGCAACCCUUCUUAACACAACAUUGAAGUCAACCUCGACAUUACUUGUUACAUCUGCUAUCUUAUGGAAAGAUUCUGCUAAUGAGAAGAAUUACAUAAGAAUAAAGGCUGUGAACUUCGGAAACAGCUCAAUUAAUCUCAACAUAUCUAUUGGAGGAUUUGAUACAAAUUCUAUUCAAUUGUCCGGCUCUUCAAAAACUGUCCUAACUUCUGGAAAAUUGAUGGACGAGAAUUCCUUUCAACAGCCGAAAAAGGUGGCUCCAAAACAAAUUCCACUUAAAAGUGCAGGAAAGGACAUGCAAGUCACACUCUCCCAAUAUUCUUUCACUUCAUUUGAUUUGUUAGAAGAAUAUACCGGCUCAGCUCAUCUUCAAGAUCCAAGUACUAAAAGAGGUCUGAAGCUGAAGACGAACGAUAAUAUCAGUGACUCCUGAUGGUUAGACCUUUUGCCUCCCAACCCUUCAGCCAGCAAUAGCAUGCCUCAAAUUCAUCUUUGGGACAUCUUCUUAAUCCCAGCUUGAGUGUUAAUUCCUACAAUAUGUUUUAGAUCCACUUUGUGAUACAUAAUCAGUUAAUCGAAUCUCACAAAAUCAAUACGACGAUGACGACAGAUUUAUUUUUCGA